UCCUAGGAACAGCUAAGAUACUGCACAGAACCCUCAAACUCCCAGAACUCUGGUAGAGACACAUCCCCCCCCAUGGGAGGAUGGAGGGGGGUGAGAGGGAGACUUUUUUAAUAUAUAUAUAUAUAUUUAUUUAUGUGUGUGUGUGUUCUGUCUCCUCCUCGGAGUAGUUUUAAUGUUGAGAGCUCAUUAAGCUCUUUGAAAUCUAUUUAAAUAAAUGUUGAUUAUUUAUUAUUUCUCUGACUGUUUUACGUUGUAGGAGGAAGUGUCUCUCCUGUCCAACAGUCAUCACAUAUUCUGUUUUGUUUUGGUUGCUGUGAUGUUUUGCGUCGUCGUUGCUGAUCAGCAGUUUGUCGCGGCUCAGUCUGAACUCGUUCGGCUCUGACGGUUCGUCAGAUUACAUUCUGAUCUACUUUGAAGUUUCUUUACGUUGUGUUAUAGUUUGGUCGACUGUGAUUGGUGUUUGAAAAGCAGUGCUGGUGUGAGACUGGUCAGACUGGUCAGAGUGUGUCUGGGAGGGGCAGUUAGUCUCAGCUCCAGUGUAGGAGACUCUCUCCAGGGCUCAGCUCUUUGGUUUGGAGGGGAAGUUAAUCAUCAGUGAGUAUCUGUCUCAUUGUCCUCUACAUGCGUUUGUUGGUGUUUUUCUGUGUUUGUGUAAAAUGUAUCUGCAGAAUUCAGCAUGUAAAGGUUCAGUUGGAUGUUUGUCCCAGCAGGUUUAGCUGUGAGAGUUCUGCCCUGCAGGUAUUAUUGGCUGUGUGUCUGUGGACUCUCAGUAUGUUUCUGCACAGUUCUGCAUGCAGGGCUUCCAGCGGCUGUUUGUCCCAUGUUGAGAGGUCUUGGCUGUUAGGAAAUGUUUGCCUGGGCAUGUGGAGGACGUCCAGGCUCUGCUGUAAGCCUCUCUGGAGGGAGACAGGAGAACAUUUGACCUCUGUGACCUCUGUGACCUCUGUGCAGGGUCACAGCAGCAGCUGUGGAUGUUUGCAGUUGUUGUGCAAAUGUAUUUCUAUAUAUGUUAAAGAGGGUUGAGCUCUCUCUCUCCUGCAUAGUGCACCUUAAAGUAAAAGUACCAAUACAGCAAUGUAAAAAUACUUCUUUACAAUAUAAUAACUUGUUUGUACAAUAUAAAAAGUAUCACCACAGAGAGCUACGACUUAAAUUUAUCAUUUUUAUUUGUUUUUAAGAGACAAAGAGAGAAAGUUUGAAACAGCAGCUAUACACGUUUUAUAUUUUAACUUUAUCAUCUUAAAAAAUAAGCAGACUUCCCUUUAUGAUCAUAAAAAAUGAAUGCAUAGAUGUCAAAUAAAUGAACCUGAACUGACUGACUGGACCUUUUCUAUAAGUUCUGACUGACAGCAGAUAUUUUCUCACUAAACUGGAGGAAAAUCGAUCUGCAAGAGAAAAACACGACACGAGAGGCAGGAAGGUGUUUUCUGAUCAUUUAUUACAGGAAACUCAUAGAGUUUGUGUUUCUGGUCCAACUGCUGCUCAGAUGAUCACGUGAUCAGGUGAUCAUGUGAUCAGGUGAUCAUGAUGAUGAUCACAGAUGUGUCUCUGGCGUAUAAACUACCUUCCAUGGUGGCAAAGUUAUUCCAGAGUCUCCACACUGGAAAACAUGAAACACUAUGAAUCUAAAUGACUUUUAACAACAGCUGCUUUGUAAUGAUUAUUGAUUAAUUCAAGUCUUCAAAUGUCUCGUUUUGUCCAAUCAACAGUGCAAAACCCAAGAAAUCUAAAUAUAUUCUGUUUACCGUCCCGUAUGAAAAGAUUCAAAUCAUCACAUUUGAGAAUCUGAAACCAGGAAAGAUGAUUAAAAUAUCAAAAUAAUUGUUUCAGAUGAUUUUUCCGUCUAUUUUAGUUUAGUGGGGGUUUUUUGAGAGAGGGGAUGUUUCUGUAAAGUCUUCAGGACGAACCUUCAGGGCAGCUGGAAGGUUCAGACUCUAUUUUUAAGGAUGCUUGACAUUCAGCGAGCGUCCUCAUAAGGACACAUGUACAAGCGCGUGUGUGUGUGUGUUUAGCAGCUGAACUCUGCAGGAACUAGUCUGUUGCAUCAUGUGAAGGUCAGUUUAGAGUUUGAUGAACUUUACAGGAAUCCUGCGUUUAUUCCUUAACGUGUUUUUGUCACUUAUAAGGACUUAACAUGAACUUCUAUUCGUCGACAGUAACCUGAACUAUAACGCAGAACGUUUAACCCCUGAACUCAUCAUAAUCUCAUCCGCACAGAUGAACUCUGCUGGUUUAGAAGUUUAAUGUUUAAUCUUGUGUUGACCUGCUGGUUUCCCGUCACAACAUGACUUAUACAAACACAGACACGCAGCAGCGGUUCAGAGGGACGACGCUGCUGCUGCAACUAAAAGAGUUUAAACAGACACAUCAUCAGUUUCCAGCUGCAGCUGCAGGACGAUGGAGCUUCUGCCGGUUCUGGUUCUGAUUCUGGUCUCUGUGGAGCGUUCAGAGUGUGUGCGGUGUUUUGCGCACUUCGACCUGAACUCGACUCAGUGUUCUGAGGAGAUCGGUGAGGCUGAUGCAGACGACUGUUGUCAGAACAUUAAGUACGGUUACCAGGCAGCAGACGGAGUGUGUCAGUCCUGUGGGCAUUUGGUUUGGUCUCUCUGGUCGCCAUGGUCACCGUGUAACGUCCUGUGUGGGGAGGGAGUGAGACAGAGAAGCAGGGCGUGUUUUGGAAUAGGCCAUUCAGAUUGCAGAAACAUGAGAGAAAAACUGCAGACGGAACCCUGCAGCGGCACCUGCUGCGACGAUAAGGGGUGGGGCUUGUGGCUCCCCUGGUCGACCUGCUCAGUCACCUGUGGAGAAGGCGGAGUCAGGAAGAGAAAGCGAGUCUGCCCCAGUCCUCCUGAGUGUCUCUCUGCCUGCAGCGGUCCUUCAGAGGAGACAGAGACCUGUCCAACACACACCUGUCCAGUCCAUGGUGGUUGGUCCGGUUGGUCUGAUUGGUCUCAGUGUUCUGGUAAGUGUAUCGAUGACCAGCGCGAUGAUGUCAUCGCCCCCACCAAACAGCGACAUCGUUCCUGUUCUAACCCCACCCCUUCUAAGGACACAGAGCCACACGGCAACGAUUGCCCUGGAGACGGUGUGGACAUCCAGGACUGCAGCGAGCUCCCCAACUGUCCAGUCGACGGCAGCUGGGGGGCGUGGUCUGCACCGGGGAAAUGCUCUGUCUCCUGUGGGGAGGGGCUUCAGCUGUCAACCAGGACCUGUAAUCAACCCGCCCCUAAAUAUGGUGGCCGAUUCUGUGAUGGACCGAGCACUAGGAGCAGCGUCUGUCAGAGUACCUGCCCAGUGGACGGGUUCUGGACUGGUUGGUCCAGUUGGGGUGAGUGUUCCGCUUCCUGUAUCCCACAAGGUCCAGCUCCUAUCAGGAGGCGUCACCGCUCCUGUUCUAACCCCGCCCCUUCAUCCAGCCCACCUGGCAGACAUUGCCAAGGUGACGACAGCCAGACGGAGAACUGCGACCACCUGCCUCACUGUCCAGUGGACGGAGGGUGGGGGUCUUGGUCCUCCUUCUCUUCCUGUCCGGUUACCUGUGGGGUGGGGCUUCAGGUGUCAGUCAGGAGAUGCGACAGCCCCGCCCCCAAACAUGGCGGCCGGCCGUGUACUGGAAAAGCACGCCAAACCACCGUCUGUAAGACCAACGUCCACUGUCCAGUGGACGGGGUGUGGUCGGAGUGGUCACCGUGGAACAAGUGUAGAUACCCGUUCGGUGAGCGGAAUAUCAACUGUACGCAGGUGGGCGGCACUCAGAGUCGAGAGCGUGAGUGUCUUCAUCGAGCUCACAAUGGAACCAUCUGCGAUGCACUCGGCCUGACUGAGAGACGGGUCUGCUUUGAUGUCAACGGCUGUUUGAUGGGGGGCAACUGGGAUGGAUGGGAGCCGUGGGCUUUUUGUAAUCCGCCCUGUGGAAGAAAUUCAAAACGGUUCAGGAGGAGGAGGUGUAGCAUUGAUUACAGCCACUACAGGGCUACUAUUGGUCGUAAGCAGCAGAAGCCAUCGUUCGCUGGGUCUCCACUUGCCGACUGCGGAGACCCACCCGACGGCAUAAAAAGCGAGAAACAACCCUGCAUCAACGUGCCCGCCUGCCCCUGACACCACACUCACCGAUGACUUUAACAACAAAGCAUGCUCACCGAUGACUUUAACAACUAUAUAACAACUACGACUGUUUCAGACAUGUUGACUCAUCUUCGUUGUCACUUUGGAGGUGGUACUUUGUGCUCCUGCUGAACUGUAUUGAGAAGGGUUUCUAUUAUUUUGUCCACCCCACAGUAUUAGUUUGGAGUUACUGUUCCUCAACUCACUGUUUGUCUCUGAUAGAAAUGUGUUUUGCUGCUUUGCUCUUUACCAAAUAAAGUUGUGUAUCA